AGUCGUUAUCUGAACGUCGGGAACUGUGGAUUUGUCCGCCCCUACGUGGAGCCACGCGAUCUGAACUUACCAUUUACCGGAGCCAAACGGAAGUGCCAUAUCUCCAUCUAUUCCUAUGGAACUCCGCCAUCUGGCACUGGAAAUCAAAACAAACAAAUCAUUGCACAAACAAGCGCUAAAGCAUCGCACAUACAGAUAUAUACUCCGGAGAUAUAUACUCGGAUGUGCGUGAGUGGAUUGGUGGGUGUGUUUUUCUUGCCUCCUGGCAUCGCGUCAAAAGUCGCGCGCGGAUUCUGCGGCGGAUUUAUGGCCGCGGUAAUUGGUUAAAGCUAAGAAUUUAAUAACCAUUAAUCACUGAGUGUGUGAACAAAUUGGCAAAAGAUCAAAGGAAAAAGAAUAAAGAAUAUUAUAAAAAAAAAUGAAUGAUUUGUGGUGAUUAGUGUUGAAGUGCUAAUAUUUGGAAAUACAAUUGAAAACGACAAUAAAAAAGAGAUAAAUAAAAAAUAAAUUGACGUCGCGGUAUAUGGAAUACCUAUAAAUUACAAUAAAGAAUAAACAUAUUGAAAUGAAAAAAAAAUAAAAUGUUAUCUUAAUACUUAAAUGAAGUUUCUAGGAAUCUCACACAACGCAUAAAUAAAGCUAUAAAUGCAAUGGUAUAAUUAACAAAGACCCCGAGUAAUAUUUUAAUGACAUAUAAAAAUUAACAUCCAGUAAAACAUUUUUUACGAGAACAAUUAAAAUUCCAUUUACGAAAAAAUAAACGACUUAAUUCCAACUCUGAACAAUUAAUAUUCCAUUUUAAGCCGGUAAUAACGAAUUAUUUUAACUUUCAACAAGUGUCAAAACAAAAAGUGACAAUAUUAAUUGCGGAUUGUGGGACAAAGGGAAAUGUUUUAAACAAAACAAACGACAAAGGCAAGUGCCAACAAACGCAUGUGAAAAAUAUCGACACAAAGAGCAGAGUAUUCCUAGAAAAAAAGGCCAAUAUAAAACAAUAAAAUCCCCGCGGUGAAACGCAACGAUCUUCGAAAUGCAUUGGCUAGUUCUGAUACUAGUGCCCCUCGUCUGGGCCAAUAGCAGUGAUCUAAAGGGAGCACCUGUGAUGACCACAGUAGCCCCGACUGGCGGUCAUCGAAGUCCCCAUCAGCAGCAGAGAUUGCAGCAAUUGCAGGAGGCGCAACAACUGGAGGCCCAUCAGCAGCACCAUCAUCAUUUGCGGCACGAACAGCAUCUGCGGGCCGAACUGGAGGGCAACCAUCAGCCGCCGAUCGAGGAUGUCGAGAAGAAGGCCUUCCUCGAUCCCCAAUUGCCCAUGCAGCAGCAUCACUUGCGUCAUCACAAUCGUCAUCAUGCGAGCUGGGAGCAGCGGGUAUUUCCCUCGCUGCGUCAUCAGCAGCACCGCUUGUCCAUCGGACCGAGCACGGCCAAGAACCUAAUGACCACCGAGGCACCCACAACCAGGCACCAUGGCCUGAUCUCCAAUCACAGUCGCUAUUUUGACAGGGACGGCAUCUUUCCAUCCUGGGCUGAGCCUCGAACCACCAGAGGUCCCAAUUGGCGACAGGAGGUGGACUCGAGUGAUUCCGACGAGGACAGCGAUGAGGAUGACGAAGAUGACUACGAUGAGUAUGAUGAGGAUGGCGAUACCUCGAAUGGCGUUGAUGAGGAACUGGCCCGACAAAUGCCCAGAUAUUCGCUGUUCACCCAGAAGUUGCCACACAUCGAUUUAAAGGAUACCGAUUACAAUGCGUACGACCAGUCGGAUGAACUGGACAUAGUUUCGAGUAGCAAUCGCAACAGCAACAAGUAUCCCAGCGUGGCCAAUCCGCACGACAAGUCUGCUGGCAAGCGGAAUAUAUUCGAUUGGCUGUUCAAACAUGAUAGGGAAAAAGAGGCUGUUAAAAAGCCACACAUCACAACUACUUCAACGACAACAACAACCUCAACAACCAGCACAGUAAAGCCCACAAUAAUGCGAACCGAAAGGCCAAAACUGCAAUUAAUUGAUGCGAAUCUAAAGAAUGGCGGUGGCGAAGAGGACGACUCCAAUGAGGAUUCAGACUCCGAGUCGGAGGAGGGCUUCUCCAAUGAACAGUGGAACAAAAUCGAGCACCAACACCAUCUCAGGCAGCAGAAACACCAGAAAGAACUACUGGCGAUGCGAGAGAAGAGCCGGAAUACCCCUCUCAUAAGGAACAUUGAGAAUGAGGAUGUGGAGAACAUUUACGCACGCAAUUAUGUUGCGGCGAAAGUUGGCCAGAAGAAGGAGGACCAGUUGGGAACCCCCGAAGCGGUGAUCAAAGCGAGACGCCUCCAUGCUCAGAAGCAGAAGAGUGAACGAGCUCUUGCCCACGCCCAUAUGAACCAGGUGCUGAAGGAGGCCACCUGCCGCAUUCCCCAGAAACGUUGUCAGCUGGUCCAGCAGGAUCCUUCCAAGAUCUAUACGCCUCACUGCACCAUCCUGCAUCGCUGCAGCGAGGACAGUGGUUGUUGCCCCAGCAGAAGCCAAAUUUGUGCCGCCAAGAGCACCCACAACGUUGAGCUGCACUUCUUCGUGAAGAGCAGUAAGCAUCGCAGUGUAAUCGAGAAGCGAACCUUUGUGAACCACACGGAGUGCCACUGCAUCGAACGAUCGACCUACAACGAGGAGACGGCCAUGGCCCACUACGGCCAGUCGGUGGUGCGGGCCACCAUACUGAGUUGCACCUGUCCGAAGAGCUUUGAGAAGAUCCUGCAGGACGAUGGGCAGUGCAGGUGCGACUGCAGCUCCGGCAACUACGACUGCGACUGGCUGAAGCGGGGCAACGAGCACUUUGCCAUGAACGAUCGCAAGUGCAUACAGCAAGGUCGCUGCAAGCCGCCCACGUGUGAGUUUGGAUUGUACAUGGACAAACACGGUCGCUGUCCCAAGCAACACGAACAGCCAUCCUACAAUGCCAUGUCAUAAGCGGGAGGAAUCCCAACGUGAAGCCAGGAAAAGUAUUAUUUGGUCUGAAGAAAACUCAAAUCUCAAACAAAGAGGAAAAUCCAGAGCGAUUCUUCUCUUCUGACAAGAGUAAAGGCGAAAUGAGAGACGUGAAUUUAGUUGCAUAUCCUAUACAAAACAAUAAGAAAGUAAAACGAUGGGUCGAUUAGCAAGAAGCACUUUAAAGCAUUUCUAGGAGUUUUCCCUCCUUGAAAUCUGUAAUGUCUAGAACAGAAUAAUUGGAACAAAUAAAUCUAUACAUGGGUUGGGUCGGAAAACAACCAAAAUGAAUAUUCGACAACAAGCAGAAAAAAAAUAACAUUUUCUACAGGUUUAAAUCAAAAUUAAAGUUGAGAAAACUUUUACUAAGAAAAGUAUAAAACAGAUUAUGCAUUUUCUACUUCAAAAAUCGACCCAGCUGAUUGUGUAUUAGAUUUAUUAGGACUCCAAUCCGAAGAGCCAUUAAAGUUAGGUGCAAACAAAAAUCUGUAUCUUAGCAAAUGGAAAUAAGACUUUUUUGCGCAUGUUUUACUAAGAGAUAGAAAAACACAUAAGCCAAUAUGAAUUUGUAGCAUUGUUCUUAAGUGUUUCAAUAUACAACAUCCACAAAUAAACCAGAAUAAAUUAUGUGUGUGUUUUAUGCGUAUGCUAAAUGAAAUUCCAAAUAUAUAAAUUGACUGCGUUUUUAGUUUUAAUUGACUAAUGUUAUGUUAUUUAAUUAGUUAUUUAAUUAUAAUAAAACGAACAAACGAAAACGAAUCACUAAUAUUACAAUUGAAAUAUAUAAAUUACCCAUAUAGGAGCAAAUAUAUUGUUCAUGUUAUUUAAGCUAAGUUUUAACACAAUUCAAACAAAAACCAUCCUGGAUAAGUCGCAACAAAAACAAAAUUAAAUUUUCAUAUUUAAUUUCUAGUCAAAUUUUCAUUUUGUUUUUCCACGGCCACGAAUGUUUAAUCGAAUGGAAAUUCCGCCAUUGAACUCAGCAAAUCAAACGGCAUUUAAAGCGGAAAACAAAAAACAGUAAACUAACCAUAAAUAUAGCAGAAUAAAUGUAUAAACCAUAUUGAACGUAAACUAGCCCACAACUUUCCUGCUUUUUUCUGCAUUUGAUAGUGACAACUAAACUAAACAUAGGAUAUUUUCAAAUAUCGCAUAAGUACAUUCUGGGAAAAGCCCGAUUUUAGACACAAUUUCAUUUUCAUUCGACCCGUGCACAUGCCUUAGUUUAAGUUACUUAAAUAGUUCCGACACCGUAUCGAGCACUGUACAUAUAUUUUAGAAACCUACAUUUAAGCGGCACACAAAAGUGAAUCCGUUUGGCACGAAUUAUGACGCAAAUUGUUUCAGAGGCAGAGAAAUUAUUCCCGCAUUGCAUAACGCAUUUGCAUAUUAAUGACAUUUGCUUUAUGGUUUAGUUAUUAAUAUCAAACGGAAUUUGGGGCUUUAAUUAUUGUGAAUUCAUUUACCAUUUAGCCAGAUACCAAAUGCCGUUUAAUGACCUGUGCCUCAUUUCUAUUUAUCCUGCGUAAUUACACGUUCGCCAUAAUUAUGGAGCAAUCUAUUUGCUCAAGUUUAAAUAUUUAUUGAAAUUCGCAGCCCACUUUGAAUAAGCAAGCAUACGCAUAUAGGAAACGCAAUCUCAAUGCGACGUUGAAUGUGUCAUGAAUAUUUCAAUAAAUCUGUGUAAUUGUUAAUAGAAGCUACCACAAGAUACCAAGCAGAAUAUACGAAACAUUACAUUUCAAAAUGAUUUUAUUUACAACUCUUAGCAUAAAAUUUAAUGUAUAAAAAUGAAUGUAAGCGAUAAGCUGAAAAACAAAACCAAUACUAAUAAAACAAAACAUAUUAUUACUAUGCGAAAAUCCAAAUAAAUAUGAAAGUGAACAC